GAAAUUAAGUACAUCGAAUUAGCUGUGUUAUUAGUGCUCAUACCAUCAGCUCACAGCUUUUACGUGAUUUUAGCAUAUUUUUUGACCUUCUUGAUGAACCUUACUAGAAUCGGACCUGAUCUUCUUCCUAUGUAUCCUUCAACUGCUAGUGGCCAGAAUGCGACAUACGACUUCAUAGUAGUAGGCUCUGGACCAACUGGAUCGGUGAUAGCAAACAGACUGACAGAAGAUGGUCGCUGGUCAGUUUUACUUCUGGAAUCUGGGGAUGAAGCUGGCGUGAUAACUAACCCUCCAGUUUUUGCUGGAGCCAUCGAGUUCACCAAAUACAAUUGGGAAUAUAGAUCAGAACCACAAGAAGGAUUUUGUAGAGGUUGCAUUGAUGGUAGAAUGCAAUAUCCACAUGGUAAUGUGAUGGGUGGCAGCUCUACGAUAAACUACAUGAUGUACACAAGAGGAAAUAAAUUGGACUAUGACAGAUGGGCUGCCAUGGGCAAUCCAGGAUGGAGUUACGAUGAGAUACUUCCUUACUUCUUGAAGUCGGAGGACGCUCACAUAGCUAUCAGAGAUGACCGUUAUCAUCAGGAAGGAGGAUAUUUGGGUGUCAGUGAUGUACCUUAUCGAUCAAAAGUGUCAGGAGUUUACAUAGAAGCUGCUGAGGAGGCUGGGCAUCCAUAUGUAGAUUAUAAUGGGGCAAGGCAACUGGGAGUUUCUUAUAUUCAAACAACUACGAAAGAUGGUCGAAGAAGUUUCGCAGAAAAAGCUUUCAUCCGACCAGUCAGGCAGCGCAGUAAUUUGAGGGUACAAACAAAGUGCAGGGUUUCCAAAAUAUUGAUCGAUCAAGCAACUGCAACUGCACGUGGAGUUGAGUACAUUUCGAGAGGAAGAACUCAUGAAGCAUUCGCGAAUAAAGAGGUCAUCUUGUCUGCAGGCGUCCUCAACUCUCCGCAAGUACUGAUGCUGUCGGGUAUAGGACCAAAAGACCAUUUGGAUAGUCUAGGAAUUCCUGUAUUGAGAGAUCUGCCAGUGGGAAGACAAUUAUAUGACCACGCUUCUUAUCCUGGACUAGUAUUCACACUGAACGAAUCCAUUGCCAUUCAUCAAAUCUCAAGCCUAUUGAAUCCACUCACGUAUACCGAUUACCUAUUCAGGGGAAGAGGAUUUUUAACAACCAUUGGAGGGGUAGAAGCAAUCACCUUCUUCAAAUCAAAUGUUUCAACUGAUCCAGAUCCUUCAUACCCAGAUAUGGAACUGUUUUUUGUGGGAGGAUCAUUAGCUACCGAUUUCGGACUGUAUUAUAGAAAGAAAUUCAACGUUCCCCCUAGAAUAUUCAACAAGAUUUUCCUACCUCUGAUUUUCACACCCACCUAUCAGAUAUUUCCACUGUUGAUCCAUCCAAAAUCUGUCGGUUAUAUUGAGCUGAGGUCAAAAAAUCCCAUGGAUUCUCCAAGAUUUUAUACAAAUUACUUCUCUGAUCCUGAAAACCAUGACGUGAAGACCUUUAUUGCGGGUAUAAGAGAAGCUCAGAGGAUCAGUCAGAGUCCGGCACUGCAAAAAUAUGCAGCAACAUUGGUAUCCACCCCAGUACCUGGUUGUGAAAGCAUCACAUUCAACACAGACCAGUACUGGGAAUGUUGUCUCAGAACGAUCAUAGGCAGUGAAUACCACCAAACUGCCACGUGCAGAAUGGGUCCACAAGGUGAUCCACAAGCAGUGGUAGAUGCCAGGCUGAGGGUGCAUGGAAUAAAUAAACUGAGAGUGGCAGACACCAGCGUUAUACCGAUCACUAUCUCAGGGCAUACUGUUGCUCCAGCAUACAUGAUUGGAGAAAAGGGUGCUGAUAUCAUCAAAGAAGACCAUCGUUAG